GCAGGCCCUGGAUUCCACCCUCACCUCCCUGGCUUCAAACAUAAGUUCCUCGCCAAAGCGCUUGGCGCAUCAAUGUGGUUCUUCAUCUUCUAUCGUGCAAGGCAAGAUGGAGCGAAACUCUUGGGUUUGAGGCACCCAUGGGAAGGCCAUGGUCAUGGUCAUGAGCAUCAUACAGAAGAGGCACAUCAUUAG